AUGGACGGGAUUAUUAUUGCAGCGGUUCCAACUACAAUCUGUGUCUCUCUGCGCAGUUCUUGUCGGAAUCGAGACAUUGCUGGAUCCAGACACUAUUUUCCUGGAAAAUCCCUGAAUCCAGUUUCAGUUCAAAUUGGGAAUUACGUUUCUCCUUCCCCAAAACGCAAUUCAUUGCUUAGAAAGCGACAUUGUGGUGAAAUUUCGCGUCGGAUCGUAAAAUCCGCCGCAUCCGCCGCUUCUUCAGUUGGAAAUGUAGAUGAGUACACUGAAGAACCGGCUACAAGUGAGAAGUUUCAGAGAUCAGUGACAUUACCGGGUUGUUCUAGUCCGCUUUCGUUGCUUGGAACUGGGUUUAGGGAGAAAAAGUUUGCGAUUAUCGGUGUCAAAGUCUAUGCAGCGGGAUUAUACGUGAAUGAAUCUAUAUUGAGCGGGUUAAGCGCUUGGAAAGGGCGAUCUGCUGAUGAGAUUCAAACAGAUUCAUCUCUGUUUGGUUCCAUUUUCCAAGCUCAAGCAGAGAAAUCGUUGCAGAUUGUUCUUGUGAGAGAUGUUGAUGGUAAAACCUUUUGGGAUGCAUUGGACGAAGCCAUUUCGCCAAGAAUAAAAUCGCCAUCUUCUGAUGAUAAAACCGCUCUCUCUACAUUCCGUGAGAUUUUUCAAAACAGACCUCUUAACAAAGGAAGUAUCAUACUCUUGACUUGGAUCAACCCUUCUAAUAUGCUUAUUUCUGUCUCGCCGGGCGGAUUGCCAACGGAUGUGAAUGCAUCGAUCGAGUCAGGUGAUGUUACAUCGGCUCUAUUCGAUGUGUUCUUUGGGGAUUCACCAGUUUCUCCUACACUGAAAUCCUCAGUAGCUAACCAAUUAGCUAUGAUCCUCAAGUAA